AUGGAACUGGCAAGCAACACCAGCAAUCAUAAGGACUCUGCUCCAAAACUGGAGGUAGCUGACGGAACGGCAAAAGACCAUGGUGAUCGUCAGCGGAGGACCCUGCGACCCAUGAAGAAGGACGACAGUGGAAUUGGAACGGACCCUUCGGACGAUGGUGGAGACCCGACCGAAGCGGUCUCGAGGCAGAGCGAAGAGCUGGAUGGUCACGAUGUAGCCCCGUCCGAAAGUACGCAAUGUGCAGAAGAGCACACGGGCAUCGCUGAAGCCCCAAAGACUUCGGAGGAACUGAAAGAUGACUCGUCGGAAAAGUCAAAGACAACAGGAGACGACGACGACGUCCUCCCGAGCCGCAGUUCGGAAGCUGUCCCGAAAGAAGACGAUUCCGAUCCCGAAUGUUCCUCGGACCGCCCGGAGGGCUCCUCGGCAGAGAAACGACCCACGACCGAAGUCGAGGGCGACGGCGAAGGGUUGCCGGAAGAGAAGAAACAGAAAACUGAGGACAAAGAGAAACAGAAGCGGAAACGACUCCUGGAGCUUCUAGUGCGCACCAAACGUUCCUCGGCCGACUCCCAAGAGAGCGCAGAGAACGGCGCGGGCGAGAGCAGCAUCUCCCUGACGACCGAAGAUUCGGACGACGACUUGUCGGUGCAUAGCGACGACACGUGUCACAUGAGUCACGACGGGGAGGACGAAGACGACGUGGCCGAUUACGACCCGACGCCAAAGACGCCUCGGCCGGGGUACAAGUGGCACGUGUGGCGCGAGCUGAUGCGUCGCGAGUACGGGCGGCGGACCGCUGCGAGCAGCUUCGACGCGUUCCGCGUGGACUGUUACGGGAGCAUGCGGAUGGUGGAGAGGCUGGAGCUCAUGUACAAGAUGAAAGGCCACGAGGGGUGCGUCAACGCGUUGCACUUCAACUCCACGGGGACGAGGCUCGCCAGUGGCUCGGACGACCUGUGUGUUGUGGUUUGGGACUGGACGAUCGGCGAGCAGGUGCUCAAGUUUGACAGUGGCCACAGAAGUAAUGUCUUUCAGGCAAAGUUUAUGCCAAUGAGCGGGGACUGCUACAUCGUCAGCUGUGCUCGCGACGGUCUGGUGCGGCUCGCGGAGCUUUCCACCACGGGCAUAUGCAAGACGACGCGGCGCCUGGCACAACACAAGGCAGCUGCGCAUAAGUUGGCCAUAGAGCCAGACUCCCCACACCACAUCCUCAGCUGUGGUGAAGAUGCCUACGUGUUUGGAAUCGAUCUGAGGGAGAGCACUCCAAACAAGCUAGUCCUGGUGAAAGAGAAAGAUAAGAAAGUUCCUCUAUACACAAUAUUUAUAAAUCCUGGAAAUACAAACGAAUUUGCAGUUGGUGGCAGAGAUCACUUCGUAAGGGUGUACGACAGAAGGUUUACCAGUAACGGCACCUCCACGUUAAAAAAAUAUUGUCCUCAUCAUUUGCAAGGCAGUGACAUUCGGGCUAGUGUGUCUUGUGUGGUGUACAACUACGACGGCACAGAAAUCCUGUCGUCCUACAAUGACGAAGAUAUCUACAUCUUUGACUCCGCUCACUCUGAUGGGGCGGAUUACGUGCACCGGUAUAAGGGACACCGGAAUAGUCAAACUGUGAAAGGCGUGAACUACUUCGGUUUACGAAGUGAAUACGUUGUGAGUGGCAGUGACUGUGGCUACAUAUAUGUGUGGGACAAGGAGACUGAGCACAUUGUGCAUUACAUGCAUGGAGACGAAGAAGGCGUGGUGAACUGCUUAGAACCUCAUCCGAACUGCCCCAUCCUUGCAACGAGCGGUCUGGACGAAGACGUUAAAAUAUGGGUGCCUUCCUGCGAGACUCCACCAGACAUGACGGGCCUCAAGAAGAAAAUUUGCCAGAACAUGAAGGAGAGGGAAGACGAAAGGAAGCGAGAGGGCCGAGACACCAUUGACAGCCAAAUGCUGUGGUAUCUUAUGCAGCAGCUUCACCGCUCAGCUCGAAGACGUGCUCACCGCGAUGGAGCUGAAGCAAACACGAGUUCUGAUAGCGACGGAAACAGCGACGACGAGGACGACGGCGACGACAUGGACACGCAGCACUCGGUCCAGUGUGUGCAGUCGUGACAUGCGACGGGCUUCGUGAGAUCGGUGGUCCCGUAGCGUGCGUCACCUUAUUUCUUGCUGUUGGCGGAAGACGACCGGACUUUGCAGGAGGCGGAUGCAGACACGAUGUACGCGCGUGCAAACGGACAUUCAUGUCGGAAUAGAAAGCCGUGUAUAAACUUAUUUGUGUGGCCGUCGGCAGGUCAUCUUCUACCAGUUUAUUUGGUUUUUGUUUUUUUUUUCUUUCUCCAGAGUUGAUUAUUACUAUGUAUAUUAAAAAAGACUAGGAUGAUAAGUAUGCAGUGCAGGAUGCGUAUAGUGUGUAGUGCAGUGUGGGACCUGCGAGAGCGUGAGGGCAGCUAUCCUAGAUUUUUACGGCUGAUACGGAUAAUUCUGUAGCCGUGU